UAGGCUGUGGGUUCCCGAGCUGCCGGUCUGCUCAUUCAGUGCCUUCUGCAGCCGGCGCUGGGGAGAAGCAGCAGCAGCCGCAACACGCUCCUUAUUGUGUCCACAGGCAGUUGUUCUAGGCAAGGAAUCCUUUCCCUCUUUGAGUUGGUAAAACAGAGGCCAGCGGUGGUGCCAGCCGUCUAAAUGAGUGCCAGGAUUUCUAAGCAGCUGAGGCUGUCUGUGCCCCCUUGUCUGAUAAACAGGACCACUGUCUCCAACACCAGCAGCUGCACGACCCAGGUGGAACCCCUCUUUCAGUCCUUCUCCUCCACUCUGGUUUUGAUAGUCCUGGCCACUGUGAUUUUCUGCUUGGUCGUCCUCUCCUUGAGCACCUUUCACAUGCACAAGAGCAAAAUGAAAAAGCGCAAGAUAGAGAAAGCGCAGGAGGAAUAUGAGAGAGACAACUGCAGCCCCAAAGCGGAGAGAGUUCAUUUCUCUACCUCCCCUGCUAUACAGAGAAAAGAGAACAUUCGUCUAGAUCUGGAGGCCAAUAUUAAUGAGGAGCCUCAAGUGGAAGCUUCAGGGUUGGACAGAGCUACAGAGCAACUGCAGCAGCAAUCCCUGGUCUUGUCAUGAUCCAGAUGCACAGAAAGGAGAUGAAAUAUCUUGUACAUAUUUGGAAAAUUAAUACCAAGGCAACAAUUUCACCGCAUGAUCAAGACCACAUUGCGUUGUGGCCAUAGAUGCACAGAUAAUAUCACACAAAACAAAUUUUUGUACGAUAUCCGGUGCAAAAAUUUUCAAAUGGUGGGAAAAGAGCCGACCAAUAUCGAGACUUGGCUCGUCGAUCGGGCUGGACAGAAAAUUUUGAUUGGGUGCCUUUGAAGGCACCAGAACAUCGGCCAUUGUUAGUGCUGAAACCUCAGAUACAGGUAGAAUUCUAUUGUUUUUAUCUGUAUAUCUGACGAUUCAGCUCUACACGUGUGUAUUGAAACUAACCGUCUUUUCCAAGAAAGAUCAUAAUUGUUACGUCUAUGGCCACCAUCGUGCGAUAAAGGCUUCGCUUUUUAUUCUUUUUUCUGGGGGGGAACGGAACCGUACAAUGCUUACCAAAUGUAAUGUCAUUUUUGCCUGGGGGAAAUCCCAUUUGCUCUGUACAUAGAUCUCAUACAGGA